AGAAGCACACGUGUUUCCUGUGUUUCCUACUCGGUGCUACAUGUGAAGGAAUCGGUCUUGUAACUAAAUCGUAGCUAGCACAGGGCGUAAAAAUGGUUCGUAAAUUAAAGUAUCAUGAACAGAAGCUGUUGAAGAAAGUUGACUUCAUCAACUGGGAAGUGGACAACAACCUGCACGAGGUCAAAGUGUUGCGGAAGUAUCACAUCGAGAAGAGGGAGGACUACACCAAGUACAACAAGCUGAGUCGUAACAUCAGAGAUCUGGCCCAGAAAAUCAGAGACCUGGACGAGAAAGACGGUUUCAGAGCUCAGAGUACACAUCGACUUCUGGAGAAACUGUACGGCAUCGGCCUCAUCCCCACCAAACAGAAUCUCUCCCUCACAGAGAAAGUCACAGCUUCUUCAUUCUGCAGGAGGAGGCUGCCCAGCAUCAUGCUGAACCUUCGUAUGGCUCAGAACCUGAAGACGGCCAUCACCUUCAUUGAACAAGGACACGUGCGUGUUGGUCCAGACAUCGUCACAGACCCAGCAUUUCUAGUCACAAGAAAUAUGGAAGAUUUUGUCACUUGGGUGGACUCCUCCAAGAUCAAGCAGCAUGUCAUGAAUUAUAAUGAUGAGAGAGAUGACUUUGAUAUGCUGGCAUAAAUCUGUUGUCCAAUGUGGAUUGGAGGCCAAGAACUCAGCUCUUUUAACUGCGUCAUGAAGAACUCUACUGCCGAGUCUGAAUCUCCCAUCAGCUUGGAAACUGUGGAGAGAAGUGCACCUCCAGGCUUUAUGUUUUUCACUCAGCACCUCUGUUUUGAUGUUGUUACAAUUUACGACUGAAAUCUGAUCGAUUGACAUCCAUCCAUCAUCCACAAUGUCUCUACAGCUGCUUUCACACAUGCACUGCAAACCUGAUUUUAUCUAGACAUCACCCUGCGGAGCUUCAUGUGUGAAUACAAACGUCUGAAUCAGUCGGACCAGACAUUAAACAGAUUUUAUCCUGCCUCCUGCUAUAAAGUCUGUGUAAUGUCCAGCUGAACCAGUGCGUGAAUAGAGCAGGUAAUUGUCCAGUAACAGUGAGUGGGUGGGUGUGUUGAUGGUGCUCUCCUCUGCUGGGCUGGUCUCUUUCAGUCUUCCUGCAGGUGCUGACUUUGUGCUACACAUGUGCAACUCUGGAGACCUGAUUCUCCGCUCAUUGUCCAGAGAUCACAUGUGAAAACGGCUUAAUUCAGGAAGUUACGUGAUUCAACUGAUUCUGUUUUGGUGCCUGUUGAUGUCACCUUUGGAUCAUUUACUUUAAGCCUGCUAAGCCGUCAGUGGCACAAGAGCACAGAGUCUCAAUUGUUCUGUCUUUAUUUGUUUAACAGAGCCACUCCAACAUCAGCCAUCAUCACAAUGGUUACACAGAGCAGCUUCCAAAGUAUAUAGGUGUGACUGCUCCUUCUCCUGAAACUCCAUGACAUUUGCUCUGUAUAAUGUGUUCAUUGUAUGAAUAUGGGCUGCUUCUGUAAAUGUGUGUGUGACCAGGAAAGUGUAUGUACACUGCAAAGAGGAGGACUUCUGUUCACUGUUCAUGUGUCAUACAUACAGAUGUAAAAUAGAAACUGAUAAUUUGAUAAAUAUUUAAUAUUUUCAAUAAGACUUUGUUACAAUUUAAACUUUGUGAACAAUAAACAUUCUUUUAUCACAAUA